GCGCGUUCUCAUGAAUAUGCAGAUAUUAUGCUAAUGAGGCGAGCGAAGUCGUGUGUGUAAGGGAGUGUGGAAGGUUUGUGAAGGGGACACAGCCGUGUCACAGAGACCUUUAGGGCCCGGAGUAAAGCGACACCCGGCGGGGCCAGUGUCUUCUACCUCUCGGAGGGCAACUAGAGCACUGUCAGUAGGUGCAAAGAGACAGGAGAAACCGGAGAAUUCACCCGCUUCGUGAGCCAGGGCGGCGGGUGCCAUACUGUACUUCUGUGUCUUGGCAGCCAGGCCCUGGGAGGAGAAGCCGGUGUGGUGUGUGUGUGAGACGGCGGCAUGGAUCCGCCAGCCGGGGGAGGAGGAGGUGGAUAUGGAGGGGACCCUCAAGUACACUACAAGAGUACGAAAGAGAAGAAAAAACUGAAGAACCAGGAAGAAGGAGGAGAUGGAAAGUCCAAAAAAUUUACUUUUAAGCGGCUCAUGGUAGAUGAGCUUGAGCGUUUCACAAGUAUGAGGAUGAAAAAAGAAAAGGAGAGACCAUACGUGUCUCAAAGAAACUCUGCAAACUACAGUGAUUCCACCGGUCCUCUACAAACCUUACAAGAACUUCCAGAUGAAACGGUUUUAGCACUUUUUGAGAAAAUGCUGGAUGACAUGAACCUCAGUGAUGAGAAACAGCAACCAUUGCGGGCAAAAGAUAUGAUGACCAAAAGAGAAAUGGUGUCCCAUUAUCUACAUGCAUCCAAACAUGGCAUGAGCAAAAAGGAGAGCACCAGAUCUCCACAGGUAUACAUCCAGGAAUUGAAAUAUGGAGUUGCAGAAUCAAAUCUUCUUUCCUGCUUAGAAUCCUUGAGAGUCUCCCUCAAUAACAACCCUGUCAGCUGGGUGCAGAAUUUCGGCGCAGAGGGCCUUUCGUGUCUUUUAGACAUCCUCCGAAGACUGCAGAAUGAGCCACCAAUCUCCAGAGAUGGAAAAAGCCAACAUGAGAUCAUUAGGUGUUUGAAAGCUUUUAUGAACAACAAUUAUGGAAUAACAACAAUGCUGGAGGCAGAAGACGGUGUUCUGCUAUUGGCAAGAGCCGUGGAUCCCUCUUUGCCUGCUAUGAUGAUUGAUGCUUUGAAGCUGCUCUCAGCCCUGUGCAUCCUGCCCCAGCCAACAGACAUGCACGAACGUGUUCUUGAAGCUCUUACAGAGAGAGCAGAAAUGGAUGAAAUGGAGCGCUUCAAGCCUCUGCUGGAUGGAUUAAAACCUGACACUUCUGUGGCCCUCAAGGUGAGCUGUAUGCUGUUGAUCAACGCUUUAAUCAGCCAAGGAGAAGAACUGGACUUUCGCGUUCAUAUACGAAGUGAAUUGAUGCGCUAUGGAUUGAAUCACAUUCUUAAGGACCUCCAAGAACUGGAGAAUGAUGAGCUAAAGGUACAACUUAGCGUGUUCCUGGAGCACAGUGAGUUUGACUCCGAUGACUUGAGGACCCGCUUAGACGACAUCCGUGUCGAGAUGGAUGACUUCAAUGACGUUUUCCGAGUUCUCUUGAACACGGUGAAGGACUCCACAGCAGAGCCGUUCUUCCUUUCCAUUUUGCAACAUCUUUUACUAAUCCGAAAUGAUUACGAUGCCAGACCUCAGUACUACAAGUUGAUAGAUGAGGUUGUGUCUCAGAUAAUUCUUCACAAAAAUGGAGCUGACCCUGACUUUAAAUGCAAACCUUUGAGCAUAGACAUUGAAUACUUAAUUGAUCAUUUAAUUGAUAAAAAGAAAGUGGAAGAGAGUGAGUUGAAAGCUAGAGAUCUGGUUAAAAAGCUUGAUGCAGAGCUAACUGCGCGGCAUGAACUCCAAGUGGAGAUUAAGGCCAAAGAGGGUGACUUUGAGCAGAAAUUGGCAGAACUUCAGACAGACAAACAAACUUUAGAUUGCGAAAAGAAUCAAAUUGCAACAGAGAAGAAGAACCUGGAAACUGACAACGCUCAGCUUACAGACAAGGUUGCCAAACUGUCAAAAGAGGUAGAAGACAUGAAAAAAGAAAUGGCUAACAUGUCAUCCUCCGUAGCUGUUGUUCCAAUUCCACCUCCAUUACCAGGAACAGGAACAUCUGCCCCUGCUCCACCACCACCACCUCCGCUUCCACCUUCCAUGCGUGGAGGAACUGCUCCACCAGCACCUCCGCUACCACCCCCGCUUCCAGGUGCUGGUGUUCCACCACCUCCUCCACUGCCAGGUGCACCUCGUAUUCCGCCACCUCCGCCACUCCCAGGCAUACCUGGUGUUCCACCUCCACCACCUCUUCCAGGAGCACCCAGGGUCCCCCCACCACCACCAUUGCCUGGAGGUCCUGGAUUACCUCCACCUCCUCCCCCCUUACCUGGGGGUCCAGGUAUCCCUCCACCACCCCCUGGAAUGAGAAGUGGACCUCCUCCUCCACCUGCAGCGCCUGUUCUACCUUUUGGAUUAGCUCCAAAGAAGACAUACAAGCCAGAGGUGCAACUGAAACGCCCAAACUGGUCAAAGAUUGCUCCAACAGCGCUCUCUGAAAAUUCAUUUUGGAUCAAGGCAAAAGAAGACCGAUUUGAGAAAGACGAGCUGUUUGCGAAAAUAACUCUCACCUUUACUUCCCAGACCAAGGCAAAAAAAGACCAGGACAGUGACCAAAAGUCUGCAGUUAAGAAAAAAACAAAAGAACUCAAAGUACUAGAUCCGAAGACAGCCAAAAAUCUUGCAAUCUUCCUUGGCUCGUUCCGCAUGCCAUAUCAAGAAAUAAAAAAUGUGAUUCUAGAAGUCAAUGAGAAAGUAUUGACGGAAUCUGUGGUUUCGAACCUGAUUACGCAGUUGCCGGAAUCAAAGCAGCUAGAAAACUUAGCAGCGUUAAAGGAUGAAUAUGAUGAUUUGCCUGAAUCCGAACAAUUUGGAGUGGUGAUGAGCAGCAUCCCUAAGCUGCUACCGCGUCUAAACGCUAUCCAGUUCAAACUUCUUUUUAACGAGCAAAUUGAAAACAUCAAGCCAAAAAUUGUGUCAAUAACAGCAGCUUGUGAAGAAGUGCGCAAGAGUCAGAACUUUGCGACCCUGUUAGAAAUUACACUGCUUGUCGGUAAUUUCAUGAAUGCCGGAUCCAGGAAUGCUGGGGCGUUUGGUUUUGAAAUUGGCUUCCUCUGCAAGCUAAAAGACACAAAGUCUGCAGACCAGAAGACCACACUGUUACAUUUCCUAGCAGAGUGCUGUGAACAAGACUACCCUGAUGUACUUAAGUUUCCAGAUGAGUUGGUCCAUGUGGAUCAAGCCAGUAAAGUAUCUGCUGAAACAUUACAGAAGAACUUGGAUCAAAUGAAAAAGCAGAUUUCAGACCUUCAACAGGACAUUGAGAACUUUCCGCCCUCAAAUGACGAAAAGGAUAAAUUUGUGGAAAAAAUGAGCGUAUUUGUGAAAGAUGCUCAAGAACAAUAUACCAAACUACGUAUGAUGCAUGCCAAUAUGGAGUCGCUUUUCAAAGAACUGGGGGAUUACUUUGUUUUUGAUCCCCAAAAAGUCACAAUUGAAGAGUUCUUCCUCGAGUUACAUAACUUCCGUAACAUGUUUGUGCAAGCUGUCAAGGAAAACCAAAAGAAACGAGAAACCGAAGAAAAGAUGAAACGAGCCAAACUGGCCAAGGAAAAGGCUGAGAGAGAUCGCCAGGAGAAACUAAAAGAGAAGAAAGAGCAGUCGUUUAACAUCAAUGCAGAAGGCGAUGAAACUGGAGUGAUGGACAGUUUGCUGGAAGCUCUGCAAUCAGGAGCAGCCUUCCGGAGGAAAAGAGGUCCAAGGCAGGCCAAUCGAAAAGCUGGAUGUGCCGUUACUUCUUUGCUAGCGUCUGAGCUUACUAAAGAUGACGCCUUGACCACUGUGGCUGCUAAGAAGAAAAAGAACUCUGAGCCUAAAUUAGUUGAUAUGGACAUGGAAGUCCAUGAAGACAACCAAGACAUGCUUACACGCUCGAGUUAGCCGAGUAUCUCGGAAGACACGUUUUUAAGAGAAGAAUGUGGGAGGUUGUUAAUAAUACUGUGGAAUCUAGGAUAUUAUGUCCUGCACAAAGUCACUUCCAAACGGUUACUGAGAGGAAUGGUGAUGGAACCUAUGUCCCUCCUGAAUUUAUCUUCCAUAACAUCGAGGCCUUUCAGUGAACCUGUACUUAUUUAUUAAAAAAAAAAUUCUAAAACAAAUGUUGCAUUAUUUACAUAUGUUCCUAAGGUUCAAGCUUGUACCUUGUUGUGCAAAUCAAGGAGACCUUGGAAUUGCAGUGCAGAGGGAAUUUUGUUUCAGCAACCAAAGUCUGAAAUAAUGUUCACCGCCUUCAUUGAAAUAUGUUAUUCUUUUUGUGAUUUCUUCCCAACAGAAUAUGGUGAUAUCACUUUAAUGCCCAUUUCCCAUUCAGUUAUUAUCUUCACAGCAGGUCCUCUGCCUUAUAGAAUUCUGCAGGUCCUUGGAUCAAAAACUUUAGAUCAGCCGUUAUACCUCCACGUGCACUUUGACUCGUCUUACCAGAUCAUUGAAUUGGAAGCCCCAAUAUCUAAAUGUAAAAAGCCCUCCUACUCUUUCUAUUCACGAGAAAGUUAGUUAUUUUACCAAUUUACGCACCGCUGACACUUGUGAAUCAUAGGAAGGAACCCUGACUCUUGUAUGCUAUAGGAUGAGACCGGCAGAAGACCCGUGAUUUAACCCUUUGAGUGCCAAAGUGGUAGCAUGCCUCACUGACCUCAGAAACACAAAGGUUAAAGUUCAGUCUAUUACCUCUAAUACAUAGCGGUAUCCUUUGUGUUGUCCUAUCGCAGUGUAAUGCAUAAAUCACACGUUCCCUGCUUACCUGUUGUGUUUCAAACCAGGGUUUUUAUUUGACUUGUUAAUUUACCGUUGCUAAGCAAUCUCUUUCGAAAUGUAUCUAUUUUUGUAAUUUUUUAAGCAAAUAGUUUGAAUGUAAACGUAUUUAGUACAACAUAGAUCAUCAUAUCAGUUUAGACCAUAUGUAAGCUUAUUCGUCAGCACGAGACAUUUCCCAUCUAAGAAUUGGAAGAAUUAGAAAUGUUUAGUCAAACACUGCAAUGGACUUUUUUCUUUUAUGUGAAAUUUUCUCAAAUGCUGGAAUGUAAAACUAGUGUAUUUUGUUUUAUGUGUUAUAUAAAUAAGAAUUUAUUUAGGAAUCUCUGUCUACGUGAAUUGAAAUAGGAAUAUUCAGGAAUAAUGUUGUGGCUGCAGAAACAUUUGGGUCAUGGCGUCUCGUACCGGUUGCACCAAUUGUACUGUAUCAGUACUUAAUGAGCUCGUUUAACAUAAAGGAAA